AUGGCACUUGCACAACAACUUGGCCUACGUGAACAAUCCACUGAUGAUCAUCAAUUCCAAGAUCCUUAUAAUGAACAAGAAGGAGAAGAAGACACUCUCUCUUUGUGCGAUCUUCCUUUAACAAGCAGUAGUGAUUCAAGCUGGGAUGAGUGUUUCUCCAAUAAAGAUGACCAGAACUCAUCAUUUGGUGAUGAGGGUUUCUUUGAAUUCUUCAGUGAAGACUUCACCGCAUCCACCUAUCCGUCGGCCGAUAAAAUCAUCUUCUGUGGUAAAGUCAUUGGCAGCAAAGAAGAAGAAGAAACAACAGUAAUGGACAGAGAAGAAGCUCAAGGCCAUGAAUUCAGAGCCAAGAUUAAGGGUGGCUGGUUCCACAAGCUAAGAACAACUUCAUCAAGGCAUCAAAUAAGAAGAACCACUACUCAGAAAACAUUUUCAUCACAAGGGUCAAUCAAAAAGGUGUCUGUAAUGUCUUCUCCACUAGUGAAAUCAAAAUGGUACGUUUUCGCGUUCGGAAUGGGAAGGUAUUCGAUGGAGAUGGAGCAGAAAGAUAUCAAGAUGAGACAGAGCCGGAAAGCGCCAGCGACGAUGUUUCAGAUCAUCGAGAAGGGUGAAGCGAUCAAAGGAAAUGGGUUAUGGGGUUUACUUAAGCUUUUGGGGUGCAAGAAAAACCAAAAAACACAGUGA